AUGCAACAUGGGUUGCCACCGCAAGACCCUCCUCGCACAGAGUCAUCUUUGUCACUGGUGCGAAUUUCCUUUGUGCAGAUCGCACCUACGCGCUGCCAGGCACCCCGGAUCACUGAUAGAACGAGCAGGUCGCAUGUGAGAGCAGCGCAAGAAGAACUCAUGAAGGCCUCUGCUAAGGGCCUCGGGGGUGCGUGCACUUGGAACAGAUGUUUUCAGGUCUGUUGCAGCAUCCUCCUCGGCAUGAUGCUUGCAACUUCGCAGGUAUUGGCGACAGAAGAAGCGACAGAAGCCACGCCAGCGCCCCGACCCCGCAUGUAUGACAGGGAGGGCAUCCUGACACGCAAGAUGGCCUUGUGUACCGUAUCACAGCUGAAGGAAGCCUGGGUAAGUGCGCUGUGA